AUGAAGCUCGUCCCACUAGGAGCUGCUCCAUUACCGGAGGCAAAUGUGGUGGGAGCACGUGAUCAAUCUGAAGUAAAAAGAGAUGAUCAUCGGGGCUAUAAUAAUGCACGGGGAUGUGACAAAGAUAAGAGACGAUACACUAAUCGUCGAGGUGGUGGUCAUAAUAAAAGGGAGAACAACAUGAGUUCUCAAAAUAACCCCUCAAAAAGUAAUUGUCGUCGUUGUGGCAUGAAAGGCCAUUGGAAGAAUGAAUGUCGCACACAUGAGCAUUUUGUAAGGCUCUAUCAAAAUUCCUUUAAAAAGGAAGGAAAUAAAAGUGGUGCUUCCUCUUUCAAUGCUCGAGCUGAGUCACAUAUGACUCUUAAAGAUGAUGAUAAGCCGGGAACAUCUCAAAAAUAUGAUAAGGAUGUUGAAGCAAAUUUGGCUUUAAAGGAUGAUGUUUUUUAUGGCCUUGGUGACAUUAUUCAUAUGGAAGUUGAUGACUUCUUUGGAGAUUGA